AUGGCCGACAAUGGCUCCUCCACCGGCCCAAAGCUACUCCAGCAGGCCGAGAAAAUCCUGCUCCAUCCCAUCCGCCCACACCUCUUUUCGUACUGCCCAACCAUGGACCUAAUCGCGCUAGUCACAGACGAGGAAAACCUAGAUGUCUACAGAAUUAACGGGCAGCGCGCCUUUGGGCUCAAAAGGAAGAGCGAGGAUGAAUGCGUCGAUGCGAUUUGUUGGGAGUUUAAUGGGCAGGCGGUUGCGGUGGCGUGGAGCGAUGGGUUUACGGAUGUUGUGAGUAGUGAGACCGGGAAGGUUAUCCAUAAGGAUGUCCCGCCGCCGCCGACUGUGAGAGGAGAUGAAGAGGGGGAGGGAGAAGAGGUGGGGAAGAGGAUUAGGUGCAUUGGGUGGGGAUUGAAUUUUAUUGAUGUCGAGGCUGUCAAGAGGAGGACGGGGUUGAAGAAGCAGAAGAAAAAGACAAAUGGGUCGACUCCAGCGACGACAACAAUAGAUUUCAGCGCCCCAACGACAGAGGACUGGGACGAGUUCAAGGAUGAUACGAGUCUGGAGGAUUUUCUGCAACGACAGCCGGAUUUCCAGAGCCUGGAUAUCGCGCCCGAUUUGCCGGAUCAGCUCGCUAUGAUGGAUCUGGAGACGCUGCUGCCAAAACUACCUGCGAUACCGCUACCGCCCGCAAACCCGUUUAUGAUGCGCGGUCCGCAGGCCGACUCGGGAGCUUUUAGCUCGCAGGCGCAGGUCGAUAGCUUGCUGCAUAGCCACCAUAUGAAGGAUCAUAAUUCGGUGGAUAUGUUGAUACGGUGUACCCAGAAGGGCACGGUGCAUCCUUCGAUUUAUGAUUCGCUUGAGACAGUCAACGUACAUUUACCGGAUGCCUGGGGGAUGCAGUGUAGGCCGCUUCUGCACACGAGUCACCCGUAUAGCUGCAGCCAUGGCUUGCUGCUUGAGACAACGUCGGCAGCCGAUCCAGAGCGGAAGAGGAUAGCAUUUGUGCCGUUAACACUGGGCUUCAUACCGUCCGCGGGCAUCUACCUCCAUCUCAUUGCGUCAAAAACCGCGCAGCUGCAGAACUUGCUUUCGUACAUCACGCAAACGCUACAACGGACCCGGACUUUCUUCACGCUCUCGCAGGAUCUUCCCUCGAAGUUCAUGCGCAAUAUCGGCGAAACGCUCGAGGAGAAACACCAAGGCGACCUCGUCACGAAUCUUUACCACCUCGCCUGUACGGGGUGCUGUCCGCCUGUUAUACGGGAGUGGCUUGUGGACGAACUCGCGGAGCAGGGACACAAGAGGUGGGAUAACGCGGUUGUAUCGGGACUGAGCACAGUUAUCCAACUCAUACACGAGAACCUUCUCCCUGCACUUGACCGCUGCUCGAUCAUCAUAUCACGGUUACGCGGGCUCGCGGCUUACCAUGAGCAGGGCUGGAUAUUCAGCGGUCCGGUGUCGGAUUUCACAGUCCUCCUCGACUUGCUGAAGAAUCUGCAGUUGCUGGGUCACACAACGCUGAUGUAUGCCGCGGACGAGAAGCGGCAGUUUGCUAGCUUCAGCAAGUGGCUGCGCUUCUGCAUUGACUUCGAGGCUACAGAGCCGGAUAGCCAGUCUCGCGCGGAAAUGGAGGCUAGAGACCCCGGGGUCGAUAUCGCCAUGGUGCUCGAAUAUAUUCGAUACGGACUCACGAAAAGCGACCUCAGGCCUUACCUCAAGGCUGAAAAGGAGUUGAGCGGAGAUAUAUCGCAGAAAGAGCCAGCGAGCUACGAUGACACUGUCAAAUCAAUCCAGCUACUCAAAGAGGAUGCGAGGUACAAAGAAGAAGCACUAUGCUUAGAACGUGUCCUAAGCCACUUCGGCGAUGGAGUGAGAAGUUUGCUGAAGCAAGUGAGCCGAUGGCAAGAAAACAGCAUCAGCAUGGACUGCGGUAUCGUGCUGGAGGACGGCGACGUGGGCGAUGCCGUGGAUAUGCGAAUGGUAUUCGAACCCUCCCCUUCAGACAACGACACAAUAUCCACAUAUAUCGCGCUCUCCUCCCCCUCAACCCCAUCGAAUCUUCACAUCCACCGCCUCACGCACACGCCUACGCUAACCACGCUGCCCGCAUCCCUGCACGCCUACGCCGUAACAGCACUUACCUUCUCCACCACCCCAUACAACAAUAAAAUCCUCGACGCGAAAUUCGCAGACGAUACUUCCCUCCUCAUUCUACUCCAAUCAGAAUCACAAUCAUCGUCCAACACCGCGGAGGACUCGAAAACAUGCUCCCUACUCUCGCUACCAUAUACUACAACCACAACCUCGACCUCCUCCACCACAUCGGGGCCAGCAGCUUCCAUCUCAGGCUCCCCCAUCCCACACACCCCCCUCCCAACCCGCACCCUCCCCUCCUUCCUCCUCCCCGCCGGCUCUCCACCCUCGCGGGCGACCAUCACGCUCAGCGCCGACGAUGUGCGUAAAUACACGCGCCAUGUCUUCGAGCGGCGCUUCACGCCCAUGAAGUUGAUUGUCAACGGGAGGAAAGGGCGGCGAGUCGUCGUCGUGCUGGGAAGUGAUAGGAAGCAUUAUCGGGUGCUGGAUUUGGACUUUCGGGAGACGAAGAAUAAGGGCGAGAAAAAGGAGGGAUACGGAGCGGAAGAGGAGAGCGGGAGUAGUAGCGGUGGCGAUAGCGAUAGCGAUAUCGAGAUGGGCGGUGCGUAGAUG